CGCGUCACAAGCCCGUUUAAGCCGACAGCGAGGGCCGCGGCGUGUUGCGAAGGCCGAGCAAGGGAGGGAACAGCUUCCGCCACGCAGCCAUGCAUAGCUUCGUCAGCGCAUCCGUUCGAGAAGCGCUUAAUGGUCGUGACCCGAUCACAAGGAGGGCAGAGCCCGCACCGUCCUUAAUGGAGCGGCGACAUUGGACUGGUGCGAACAUCGGCGACCUCGCUCCAGCGUGCUGCCCCGUAUUAUAGCGCGGCGUUCUAUCACCGCGCUCCGUAGCUUCGCCUUGUUGUUUGUUAAUCUGACUCGUAAUAAGGUACGACGUAGAGUGGCAUACUGAGGCGUUUGAAAGUCGCGUUCGUUGGCUUUGAAGUUUUGACCAGUCGGGCAAUCUUUCUACUAAUCGUUCCGCGUGUGGAACACCGCGGAGGCAUAUUUUUCGAAAUGAUGCUUCCUGUUUGCAGACAGUUAUGUGUUCUGGCUGCGGCGUUGGCGGCAGCCGCUUUGAUGACUCCUUGCCACUGCUGGCCCACGUUCGGAAGAAAACGGACUCGACUGCUGGACAGCUACGACUACGUUAUUGUUGGCGGUGGCUCGGCAGGCAGCGUGCUGGCCAACCGUCUGUCUGCCGACCCUGGGAACAAUGUGCUCUUGCUGGAAGCGGGCGGCCCCGAGACCGUCGCUGAGCAGGUCCCUUUCCUGGCGCCUUUCCUCGCCACCGAGGCCAACACGUGGGGCUACAAGACCGUGCCGCAGAAGGACGCCUGCCUUGGUUUCCCGGAACGACGCGCAGGCAUGACCCAAGGCAAGGUUCUCGGAGGUUCGAGUGUCCUCAACUCGAUGAGCUUUGUGCGGGGAAAUCGCAAGGACUAUGACACCUGGCAGGAUGGGUAUGGUGCUCACGGCUGGAGUUACGAAGAUGUCCUGCCCGUCUUCAAAGAGAUCGAGACCUACUACAUCCGCAAUCCGGGUCAGUACCAUGGCACGAGUGGAGAGAUCCCAGUCAACUACGCCAACACUCAUACGUCACUGAGUGACGCUUUCCUCAAGGCGUGCAACGAGUCGGGAUAUCUGUACGUCGACUACAACGGACGGCGACAGUCGGGGUAUUCGAGGGUGGAGGCCAACGUGGCCCACGGGACGCGGCAGAGUGCCAACAGGUGCUUCCUCUCGCCUGUUCGACGUAAGCGGCCGAACCUUCACAUCAGCCUCUACAGCCUCGCGACCAAGGUAACCUUUGAAGGCAAGCGGGCCUCAGGCGUGAAGUUUACGAAGAAUUGCAAAGUUGGAUUCGUGGCGGCAACGCGCGAGGUGAUCGUGUCUGCCGGCGCCAUCAAUUCGGCAAAGUUACUGCUACUGUCUGGAGUGGGACCUAGGCAAGACCUGGAGACACUCAAGAUACCCGUCGUGGCUGACCUUCCUGUUGGCCGAGGUCUUCAGGACCACGUGGUCUUCACGGGUCUCGUGGUCACCACCCCAAAGGACGAAGUUGGCGUCUUCAACAUCUCCGCCAUUCAACAGUAUGCUUACAACAGGACUGGUGUUCUGGCCAUUCCUGGCGGCACAGAGGUGAUCCUGUUCACAAGCAGCCAGCACAGGAGGGGCGCGGACGACUUCCCGGACAUACAGACCGUGCUCACGGACCUGUUUCCGGGUGACAUGCCGCCGAGGCCGCCGCAGGUCUCCCAAGAAGUCUACGAAAGGUACUACAAGCCAAUGGAAGGAAAGAAAGGUUUCAUGGCCACCCUGGUCAUGAUUCAGCCAAAGUCGCGAGGCACCGUGACACUGAAUGCCACGAAUCCGUCCGACCAGCCGCUCAUCGACCCACGCUUCCUUUCUCAGGCUGAGGAUGUCAAGAGAACCGUGAAAGGAAUAAUGAAGAUACGGAAGCUUCUGGAGGCGGACGGCCUGAGGAAUAUCGGCGCGAAGCUGUGGGACGUGCCCUACCCGCCGUGCUUGAGAGCCGGCAGCGUGUGGAGCGCCGCGUAUCUAGACUGCUUUCUCCGACAGACCGGAUUCCCGGCCAUGCACGUGUGCUGCACUUGCGCCAUGGGAAACCACUCUCUGGCGGUGGUUGACGAAAGGCUGAGGGUGAAAGGAGGCGUGACGGGUCUUCGAGUUGCCGAUGCCUCGGUGAUGCCUGCUGUGACAACAGGGAACACCAACGCGCCGGUCUUGAUGAUCGGCGCCAAGGCGGCGGCUAUUAUAUUGAAGGACAACGCCUGAGUGGCUACGAAGGGCUAUUCCACGGGUCGAGCAAGUGACGAGACCUUCUUAAACCAACGGGUACAUCAGACGACAAUGAUGAAUUCUCGCAAAGGGUUGUCACCGACGAAGAGACGUGGAUUUCGCUCACUUUAGGUGCGUGUACGGAUCGAGAUAGAGCGAAGUGUUCUUUCGUCAUUUUUGAUCUGUUGGCGCUUGAGACCACUCGAACUGCGCAGACCGGUACACAUUCUAAGGAAAGCUUACGCCCUCCGAGGCUUGU